UGGGCGUCCCCAUUGCAUAUGGUUUCGAAGAAGAAUGAGGAAAUCAGGCCAUGUGGAGACUAUAGAGCCCUUAACAAGCAAACGAUAGCGGACAGAUAUCCGAUACCACAUAUCCACGACAUUACUACCAAUAUGGAAGGUGCCACGAUAUUUUCGAAAAUCGAUCUCGUUCGAGCUUAUUACCAUAUUCCCGUAGCGACAGAAGAUAUAGCUAAAACGGCUAUAAUUACUCCAUUUGGGUUAUUUGAGUUUUUGCGAAUGCCCUUCGGAUUAACUAAUGCAGCCCAAACCUUCCAACGAUUCAUCGAUCAGGUCGUCAGGGGUUUGACAGGAGUUCACGCUUAUAUCGAUGAUAUACUAGUAGCUAGCUCUACCAGGGAAGAACAUCUACAACAUCUACGACAAUUGUUUACGAGACUUCAAGAACAUGGCGUCACUAUUAACGUGGAAAAGUGUGAAUUUGGAAAGGAAUCAUUGCAAUUCCUAGGUCAUAUGAUAAAUUCACAUGGUAUCACGCCAGUUCCGACAGAAGUUGCUGCUAUUCGUAAUUAUCCGUUGCCCGAUUCACAAAGAAAAUUACGAAGAUUCUUGGGGCUAAUAAACUAUUAUAGACGAUUUAUCCCAAACUGCGCAGCAAUAUUACAGCCAUUGACGGACGCCUUGCGAGGACAUACUCGAACAUUCCGUCUUUCAGCGGACGCUAUACAGGCUUUCGAGGACGCUAAGCGAGCGCUAAAUGAGAAGAUGAUGUUGGUACGACGAAAGAGCGAAGCACCAUUAGCAGUAAUGACAGACGCAUCGAACUUAGCAGUAGGAGCCGUUUUGCAGCAGUUAGUAAACGGUGUAUGGGAGCCACUUUCAUUUUUCUCGAAAAGAUUAAAUCCUACCCAAACGAGAUAUAGUACGUUUGGACGAGAAUUAUUAGCAAUCUACUUAGCAAUAAAACACUUCCGUCAUAUGGUCGAAGGCAUAAGUUUUACCGUCUAUACAGACCACAAACCGCUAACGAAAGCAUUAAACGCAAAGCAAGACAAUUAUUCUCCGAGAGAGAUCCGACAACUAGAGUUCAUUUCACAGUUCACGUCCGACAUACAGUACGUUAAAGGACAAGAAAACGAUGUGGCCGACGCAUUGUCACGAGCAACGAUAAGCACACUUAUGGCAAGUGGAAUUGAUUAUAUUGGUCUAGCAAAGUUGCAGGAGAGAGACAUCGAGCUAAAUAAACUCAGAUCCGGAGGUUCAACAUCAUUAGUACUCGAAGAGGUGCGGUUUGGUAACACGAAAGUAAUUUGCGAUACAUCAACAGGCCGACCGCGACCAUUUAUCCCGAAAACGUUGCGACACAAAAUAUUCGAAAGCAUGCACAACAUGUCGCACCCAGGAAUAAAAGCCACGAUAAAGCUGAUUAGUGAACGAUUCGUAUGGACAAACAUGAAUCACGAUGUACGUAGUUGGACACAAGCAUGCAUGAAGUGCCAAAAAGUGAAGGUACAUCGUCAUACUAGCUCUGCAGUAGGUCCGUUUUCGCACCCAGACACUAGAUUUGAACAUAUACACAUCGAUAUCGUAGGACCACUGCCCGUUUCAAAUGGAUACAACUAUAUCUUUACAUGCAUCGAUAGGUUUACACGAUGGCCGGUAGCAGUGCCGAUAAAAGACACCUCAGCUGAAAUGGUAGCUAAAACCCUAGUUGAAAAUUGGAUUUCUUACUACGGUGUACCAACGAUUAUCACAACGGAUAGAGGAGCACAAUUUGAAAGUCGACUCUUUCAGCAGCUUACUGAACUCCUCGGUAUUAAACGAAUCCGAACGACGUCGUACCAUCCAAUGGCAAACGGAAUGGUUGAACGCCUACAUAGGCAAUUAAAAGCGUCCCUUACAGCUGUCAUCGUUAACAACGAUUGGUCUAAUAAACUUCCCCUAGUAAUGUUAGCUCUACGAGCAACAAUUAAACAAGACAUGGGAUGUUGUCCAGCCGAGUUAGUUUACGGAACUACUCUACGAUUACCCGGAGAAUUCUUCACUUCAAGUAAAAAUGUCCCGACUGAUGUAACCGGCUAUGUGCAACGUCUGAGAAAGCACAUGAGCGAUUUAAAAAUAACACCUCCCAGACCACAACAACGACGGGUAUUCAUACCACAGGAACUACAUAACAGCUCUCACGUAUUCAUCAGAAGAGAUAAAGUACAACCACCUCUUCAACCGAGUUACGACGGACCAUUUAAAGUGAUAGAGAGGACAAAUAAAACGGUUACCGUAGAAAAAGCUGGGAAGACAGAUGUAAUUAGCAUCGAUCGAGUAAAGCCAGCUUUUAUCGAUAGCGAUAUUCAAUCAACAAGUACAGACUCAUCUAAGAUGGUCAUACCAGCGAAACACGAGUCCCAAAAAUCAACAACGUUAACGCAACAAAAAGACAAGACUCCGAUAACAACAAGAUCCGGCCGUAGAGUAAGAUGGCCCCAACAUUAUGUCGCUACAAUUUUCUAUUAAUAAUAAUCUACUAUUUGGAAUAUUAAUUAUAACUUCUACUUCAUCGUAUACACAUGCAUUAUUAAGCUCAUGUUAUGCGCUAUAAAACUCAACGUAUCUUAUGUACCCUUACACUUAUGCGUAUAAUUUUUGUUUAAAAUGUAAAGACAAUACCGCUUUCCUUCUAUUUCUUGCUAUUAUUUUAUGUAACCUCACGGACGGGCGCAAACCAAAUGUACAGCACACACCAACUUCAUCUUAAUUUUGUAUAAGCCAUUUUUCUACCCUAUUCAGUCUAUUAUUUUUUUUAUGCAAACACAGACAUUUUCCAUAUAUCUUUGUUUGCAGGGGGGAGCUAUUAUAGCGACUCACGUGCUAAUGGGUUUAUUUUCAUUUAACCCAGUUAAGCCCUUUUUGUUAACUUAUUUAGCGGACAAAGCCAUCCGCGCUAUAACAAUUUAUUGUAUCCUUAUUAUUAUUUUGCGCUUGUAUGAAAUACGUAUGCUUGAAUAUUGAUUACUGCCUACGCAUUUAUUCACUCUGCUAAUCUUACCACUAACCGCUUAUUCGAUUCGAUUACUCAUUCAUUUCACAUGGUAUAUAUAUGUCCAUGUUAUUCAUAUUGAACACAAUCGCUCACUCGCUCGCACGGUCUCGUCACGCUCUUGCUCUGGCUCUCGUUCGCUUGCUUGCCUUUCGGCACAACUCUUCCAUGCUUGUUUAACACAUCUGUACAUUUGGAUAUAUGUGUGUGGUUUCUCAAUAAACGUAAUCGACACUUCGUAUUUGCCUUCUGAUUAAUAUACCGUUGGUACGUUAUAUAGAACGGUUAUCGCGACGAACUGUAUACGAAGUUUAAGGAUUAUAUCAAAUACCGACCACCACAUAAUUGGCGAUCCCGACGCGCGAACACGAAACAAUCUUGAACGACGUAAUCCAAUUCCUAAAAUCCAACGUACUCGAUUACAAUUGUAACUAUCAUUUGGAUUAUAAUUAUAACUGUGGAUUUAUUAUCUCAUUAUUUUAAUUAUACGUACAUUAUCUCACAAACAUUAUAGAACAUAACGAUAAUAUUCAUAAUAAACAACGAUAUUUUUACAAACAAUUGAUAUUUUGGUGCAAUUUAGUAAGUCCGUUCUUUGUUAUAAAUUGUACCAUUUGUUUUUAUCAUUGUUUUUAUCGACUCACUUUUCUCUGUGACAUUCGCAUUAUAUUUGUGUAAUUUUUUUAUCUUUAUGAAUAUGUCUUUAAGCAACGAUACAAUAGAACUUUCCCAAAUGCCGUCCGUGAGGUCUAUUAAUGUAACUAUUCCUCCUUUUAAGGUCACAGAUCCGCAACUUUGGUUUACCAGACUUGAACAUUACUUUGUAGCUAAUCGUGUUCAUACACAGCGAGAUAAAUUUGGCCACGCGAGCUCGCUACUUCCAGAUGAAGUAGCAGAUAAUGUACGAGAGAUUUUAAUCAAGCCAGACAUAGAAAAGCCAUACGACGCAUUAAAACAGGCAGUGAUUAAAGCCGUCUCAUUAAGCGACCGGCAAGCCAUCGAACAGCUUCUCAGUCAAGUACAGAUAGGAGAUAGGACUCCAUCGCAGUUAAAAAACUAUAUGAGAAGCGUAAUCGGAGACAGAAAAGUAGAUGAAAACAUAUUUUAUCAGUUGUGGUUACGACGACUCCCAGCGAACGUGCAGCAGAUCCUUGCGGUUGAGGACAGCGAUGUCGAUAUAGACAACAUUGCUAAAAUAGCCGAUAGGAUUUAUGAGAGAAUGAAACAAACGAGUCCGCAAGGGCAUAGUACCGCAAUAGAUGGACGAAUCGAUGCAUUACAAAAGGAGAUUAAUGUUUUAUGUCACAAGCUGAUGAAACUAAAUCAGAGCGAUACGCAAAGAGGAUGGUCACGAAGUAGAUCAAGGGAAAGAAGUCGAUCACGUUCUAGGAGACGCUCAGCUCCUACAAUAUGUUGGUACCAUCAAACUUUCGGCGAUAAAGCCCGAAACUGUAGAUCACCAUGUAAAUUCAAACGAACACACCGAUUGUCGAUAAACGCCGCAACAACUACAACAGCUCCUAGAAACAGUCGUUUAUUUUACGUUCAGGAUAGAGUAACAGGCGCUCAAUUCUUAGUGGAUACGGGAGCAGAAGUAAGCGUCGUGCCUCCAGUAAGUAACGAAACACGAAAUAUCGAUACAGCGCUAACGCUUAAGGCAGCAAAUAAAUCCGAUAUAAAAACAUAUGGCAAGCGAAAAGUAACCUUGAAUUUCGGUCGUACUACCUCAUUCCGCUGGGAAUUCAUUAUCGCAGAAGUAUCCGUACCUAUAAUCGGUAUUGAUUUCUUAAAGAAUUUUGACUUACUAGUGGAUACCCGACGAAACCGGCUCGUGAACGGCGACCAUUCAGUAGUGAUAAGAGGAGUGACGACUGAUCACGCAUCCAUGAAUUUAGUAGUGUCAAAAGACAAAAACGAGCCAUAUAGAUCGCUUCUAAACGAGUAUGCCGAUCUGACGAAGGUAUCAUACGAUAACAGAGAUCUUAAACAUACGGUACAGCACCAUAUUAUAACGAAAGGUCCACCGACUAAAUCAAGACCACGAAGGCUAGACCCGAAAAGGUUGAAUGUCGCGAAACGAGAGUUCGAAAAGUUGACGAAGCUUGGUAUCAUAAGACCUUCUAAUAGUCCCUGGGCGUCCCCAUUGCAUAUGGUUUCGAAGAAGAAUGAGGAAAUCAGGCCAUGUGGAGACUAUAGAGCCCUUAACAAGCAAACGAUAGCGGACAGAUAUCCGAUACCACAUAU